UCACUGAUCCACCACAGGGGGAAGAACCACAUGUUAAAGAACAGAGACAUCUGGAGGGGCAGGCUGGACAGAACCCGCCUGUCUGGAAAACAACACAACACAACACAAAUUGUUGAGGUGCGUUGUGGCUUUUCUGAAACACACAAAGCUACAGGAAGCACUCCAAACAAACAAAGUCGCCACCAUUGGGUAGCACGGCAGUCAUGCUAGCUCGCUGCUAUGUUAGCUACUAUGCUAGCUUUCAUGCUAGCUGCCAUGCUAGCGUUCAUGCCAGCUGCCAUGUUAGCUACUAUGCUAGCGUUCAUGCUAGCUGCCAUGCUAGCUUUCAUGCUAGCUGCCAUGCUAGCUGCUGACGCUACCGUGCGGCGAAGACGUGCUUCGCGCCUUCGACGGAGGCUGACUCUGCUCCACGAAGACAUUACGAGAAAAGUCUUCCAAGCGUCUUCGGAGAGUGUCUGGUCAUGACAUCAAGGUCAAAUGAGACAGUGGUAAGCAGCGCCAGCGCCACAGGAUGUCCAGAUGACGGUCACAGCGUGUCGUAAUUCCACUAGUAAUGUCUGGAUGGUGGCUGCCCUCCUCCCCCGCCUUCGCAUCCGAGGACUUCAGCUCCACUCCUCUCAAGGCCAACGAGAGAAAACACGUCCACCCGGCCGGAGACCCGGGGGCCAUCGACGUCCUCCCCGAGGACGACGACACGUUCUCCCUGCUGUCCCCCAUCUAUCAUGACAGCUAUGAGAGCGAUGAAGACGACGAGCUCAGUACAACGCAUCAGACAUCCCCCAAGUACACGCACCAAGGCAGUAUUUCUUCCCUCAGACCUGAUCUAUGGAAGGCAGAACACGCCCAACCUGAAGUCCUCAGCGCGUGGGAAAUGUGGCUGGUUAACAAAAUAAAAGAAAACCAGCUUAGGUUGAAAAAGAAAACGGAUGAGGAGCGUUCACGCCAAGAAAGAAAGGAACAGGAAGAAGCGGAACGAGAGCAUAAAAGGAGGAUGGAGGAACAAAAGAUUCGAGACUGGCAGCAGAUGAAACGAGAACAGGAAAGACGUGAGCAACUUGCCAAAAGCAGCAGAGCGGAAGCGGCGAUGCGUCAGCGACAGGAAAAGCAACGAGAGACGGAACAGAAAGCGCAACAAAAGUAUCAAGCGUGGCUGCAGAAGAAGAACCACGAGAGGUUGGAGAAGGCCAAAAAGGAGAAGGAGAAGGCAAGCUUGCAGGAGGAGCAGGAGAAGGAGCGCCGGCGGAGGGCAGAAGACAACUUUAAGGAAUGGCUGGCAAAACACAAUGAGAAAUGCAGAACGACGCCUAAAGGCCUUCGGGAUCCCACAGGUGCUUGGGGAUACCACCCGCCACCCGGCUUCUACAACCCAAUCCCAUGGAAGCCAAUUCACACCCCCCCUCCAGAAACAUCGCCUGAAAGCACAGCGAGAAGGAAGCCUCAGAAAGACCAAAGAAGACAUCAGUACUGCGGCGCAGCAGUAAAACUGCUAAGAAGACACAUGCUAACACAUGAAGACAGGAUACUUGAGAGCCACCUCUUCAACGGGGCCCUGCCCUGACACCAGCACACGCAUGUGGUGGAACUGCGUGAACAUCCUCAGAGGACUGUGGGACAGCAUCACCUGGUCCGGCGACACCUGAGGCACACAAAGCGACCACGGGAACGUUGGAAGCAAGCGUUGAGCUGACGCUUUCCUCUCACCUCCACCUCCAGCUGACGUGAAAGAAGCUCCGCUUUGGUCUGCCUCAGGCAGUUCCCAGCGUUGGUGACGAACACCACGGGCACUUUGUAUCUGCCCUGCUUGUCCACCAGGCUCCUGAAACAUUUCUUGGCCGCAGGGAUCGGCGUUCCACCCCGCACCAGAACCCCGUCGAUGUCGAACAGGAGACCGAAGGAGCCGUGUGGAGGCAGCUGGACGGGAGACGAAACAGUGAAAGCAGACGUCCACGGUUGGUGAUGCUCAGGGACUCCAGGUUGACCACCGCUUGGACUCUUCUCUACCUGGAGCUGAAGGUGGGCCUGUCAAUCAACAUACCCCGCCUCCUGAGCAGGGCAGCCUUGUAGCUUCUGGUGUUUUGUGGUUGACUACCAUCUACAGGACUAAAUGAUACUACAUAAGCAUGUGAACUACAAUACGCUGAUAACCUGUAGCCCACACUGGCCACCAGGGGUCACUAGCGACACACAAGCACCAGACGACAGGCUUUUACUGUAUUUUAUCUACUUCAUUGGGUAUUAUAUCUACUCCAUUGGGUAUUAUAUCUACUUCAUUGGGUAUUAUAUCU